ACCCACGCGACGCCAGUACGCCACCCUACUGAGCAAUGUCGCUUGCGCUGCCUCCGCCUCCUUCCCUUCGCCUCCGCGCCUUCCGCCGCGACGGAAUCCUCUCCGCCGCCGGCCGAUUCCCCAGUAUCCCCGGAAGCCUUUUCCCCCGCAGCAGUAUCCGCUCCGGUAGCCGCACCGGACGCGCCUACUGCCUCUUCUCCGGCGGCGGCAACCGCAAGAAACAGGAUGAAGCUAGGAAAGCGCUGGAAAAUGCCCUGGGGCAGAAGAAGGCAGAGUUUGACAAAUGGGAUGUGGAAAUUGAAAGGAGACGGCAAAGGGGCCGGCCUGGAGGUCCUGCUGCUGCUGGUGGAGGAUGGUCAGGAGGAGGCCGGUGGUUCAGGUGGCUUACCAGUGGUGAUUUCUGGGAUGCAGCAAAACAAACUGUUCUGACAAUCCUUGGCAUUAUUGCAGCGUUUUUCCUGAUUGCCAACUUCAAUGUACUGGUAGCUGCUAUUAUCAACUCAUUGCUGCUUGUGCUGCGUCUAAUACGGCGCACACUCUCCUUCAUAGCUCACUGUGUUUUCCAGGACAUGUUGGUUGAAAGGCCUCGACCAAAAUCAAGUACCCUGGACAACAACAAUGUGGCUACUGUGCCUGUGAAAGAAAGAGCUGGAAUGUCUGCGAGAGAACGAGUUGUAAGGAAAUGGGGAACGGACUGAAGUAGGUCACAGUAGUGUCUUGUGAGCUAUCUGGCCUGUUCGCUUCAGCUUAUUCAGCCGGCUUAUCAGCCACCAAACAGUAUUUUCCUCUCACAACAAAUCAGCCGUUUCAGCUUUUCAGCCGGCUUAUAAGCUGAAGCGAACAGGCCUGAUCAUCUUUGUUCAGAUUUUUGCAGUCACCGUACCACCACUGUUUGUCAUGUUCUUGUCAAGGUGGAAAUCGUAGUUCUAAUUAGCCUUUGUGAAUUAUACCUUGGGCAUUUCACAGUUUUCUUUGUAGUUUAUGAUUGAUCUGGUCACUGAACUUUAUCCUCAAUACUGAAUAGAAGCAAUUUUUAUAUUGACUUCACCCGCUCAUUUAUAAGUAUUCAGAGUGCAGAUGCAUUUUGGAAUUA